CCUCAAGACUUAUGCGACUGGAGACAAACAGUAAACACUUUUUUUUACUAAAAUAGUAAUUUUUUUAAUCUGGGUUUUUAUGCGGUGGUUCUGUUCGCUAUUCUAUUAUUUUUCCCAUUAGCCUGAAGCAAACGUCCGUUGUUCCUACGGCGUGUUUAUAACUGGUUAUUACAAAGACAAUUCACGAGUUUGGAAACAGAAUUUUAACAUAAUGGCAUCACGGGGUAAGUCCGAAACCAGCAAACUGAAGCAGAACAUGGAGGAACAACUUGACAGAUUGAUGCAGCAGCUUCAGGACCUGGAGGAAUGCAGAGAGGACCUGGAUGAGGAGGAAUAUGAGGAGACAAAAAAAGAGACACUGGAACAGCUGGAGGAAUUCAAUGAGUCCCUGAAGAAGAUAAUGACAGGAGACAUGACACUGGUGGAUGAACUUGGUGGAAUGCAGCUGGCAAUCCAAGCUGCCAUCAGCCAAGCAUUCAAAACCCCCGAGGUGAUCCGACUUUUUGCAAAGAAGCAGCCAGGACAGCUGAGGACCCGACUCGCUGAGAUGGACCGAGACGUGAUGGUGGGGAAAAUGUCUCGGGACGUGCACACGCAGCAGAAAAUGGAAAUCCUCACAGCCCUGAGGAAGCUGGGAGAGAAGCUCACUCCAGAGGAUGACACAUUCCUGGCUGAAAACGCGACGGCGACUCUGAGUCAGUUUGAAAAAGUCACUGCAAACCUGGGGUCGGAAGACAAAAUUAUGGCCUUAGCCAGUUCUGGGGUGAAAACCCAAGCAUAGACAGUUUUCAAAAUUAUAGUUAUAAGUCAUUGUUAUUAAAAAAAAAAAGAAAAAAAGAAGUGUGCCAAUUAAUCAAGUUUUGCAUAAAAAUCUGUGCAGUUUUUAGUGUUUCUAGAGAUGCAAACAUUUUUAAUAGUAUUGUUUUAUACUUCUUAACUUUUGUAAAUUUCAGUUAUUUGUCCAAGUCUGUAAAAUUGUAAUAUAGUCGAUACGAGUACAUGCAAAUGAAUGUAGAGGACGACGGUGCUGUGAUUUGUAGUGUUGGUUUUACUGUGUGCUGUUUUACAACCUGAGAGUUCAGAGACUCUUAAAGUUUUAAUUAAACUGAAGUUGUUUGGAUAAAGCAGAAACACCAGAUGAUCCUGAGCCUUUGUGAAGCCACCUCAAGGCUUGAACAUCAUCAUUCAAGCUAGAAUGAAAAUCAUUACUUGUGGUCUGUUAAUGAUUUUUUUUUUUUAUUAUUAUUAUUUUUAACCGUGGUUAAACACAAGAAUUGGGAUCAUCAGUUUAACUUUGUUGUGACAAGAAGAACGUUUAGAGGAAUCAAGGUGAGGCAAGUGCUAAGCACGGUGUUGGUAGUAUCAUGCUGGGGUCUAGAUAUUUGCCCAAAGUGGAAAAGUGGAUGGAACAGUGAAUAAGGAGGACGACUACUAUUAAAUUUACUUGAAAUCAACAGGGGGAUGGUUGAAACUUGGAAACGGCUUGUUCAAACAAGAGAAUGUUCCUAAAAACAAAUCCAAACUGGAUGUGUUUGGAUCGCUUUUCAAAGCUUUCUGAAAUGUGAUGCCAGGAAACCAGGCAAGUUAAAUAAACUACCAAUUCUACCAAGAAGAUGAAUGAAAUAUAGAGUUCCGCCAAAAGUCUUUUAACAGAUGCAAAAAGCACUGUGGAUGAGAUAUUAGUUGCUAAUGGGCGUUUAUUUAAAAACGGUUGGGGUUGUAUACAUAUAGUUCAGUCAUUACCAGUAUGCACAGAUUUGACUCUGCUUGUAUUACUGAAAAGCAACAAUAAAAUUACACACCUAAUUCUUGUUUAAAAAAAAAAAAAAAAUCAAUCAUGGAGCUUGUGUUGUACGAUCACCCCAUGCUGGACAGAUUGGCGUAAAUUAAUCUCCAAAAGGCCCAAGCUAAAAGAUUGGUAUGUAAACUUCUGACCUGGACUGCACAUAAUGUCUAUUGUUUGCUAUAAGAAGCAUAAAGUGACGUCUGACUGUACAGAGCCGCUCCUCAACAGGUCCACUAAAACUGGUUUUUUUAUCCAUCGUGUGUGAAUUAUUGUGCAUUUCAGAUUUAAAAUUACAAGUAUUAUAAUUUACUUGUAGAAAGUACAUCCGGUACAUCCUUGAUGAAUAUUGAUUGUAUUUAGAAUAACUUUUCUUUUUUUAAACCAUAUAUUAAAAUACAUUUUAGAAAAAGCUGUUGAUCACCUUAAUAAUAACCAAUCUUGUGUUUUUCUGUGGACAUUUUAGUGACUAAACUGAGCAAAAGUCACAUUUCAGUGCUGGUAGAACAGAAUCAGUAGGUUACAGGAGGGCAAAAGAAAAAUGUUGAAAAGAUGUUUGAAAAAUAGUUUCACACACAAGCAUUAUGAUGGAAUCAAUACAUUAAACAUCAGUUUUUAAAUGUUAGCUGUAGUUACUUCUUGUGUCCAGCGGCUGUGGGAAGAUGAGCAUCAUACGGUAAAACAGGUUCAAUCGGUUUAUUUUAUUUCUCCUCCCACUGUCUAGAACUAUGACUGUUAGGUUAAUUAUCUCUAAAUUGACCUUAUUUAUUAGAGUGUGUGUGUGUGUGUGUGUGUGUCCUGUGAUGAUUUGGCUUCUUGGCUUUUAGGCAUGCUCCAUAAAUCUUCAGUAAUGUUCAUGUUGGCAGUGUUUAAAUUUUAUUAACCUGUGAUCUUAAAAAAAUUGUUGCACAAUUUUUACUCAACACCAGGGGGCACUAUUGCUUCAGACGUUUUGCAUGCAGGGUGUGUUAUUCCACCCCAGAAAUGCAUUUUAAACAGUGGCACAGUUACUGUAAAAAAAAAAAAAAUAACAAAAAACAAAACAAGAACAGGAAGUGUUUACAUCCCAUCAGUUCAUCCUUUAUUUUGUUUAAGAGCGAGCGUCGACUUGGCUACAACCCGCCUUCUGGCUGCUAGGAAAGUGAGAGCGCCUCCAACAAGCAACAAAGGAAGCACCCAACAUUUUUAUGCAGACAUCACAACCGUUUGUCCAUUUGAGCAACAUUUUAAAGGAAACGGCAAAUAAAAUCAAAAUAAAAAACAAAAAUCUGGUCUGGAGGGUGACGGAUGUGGGAAACCAGACAAUCUCGAGAAUCAGUAGUGCGUCACAGACUCCUUUGUCCGUCUCAACCCCACACGGGACAUUCACAAACGUGUGGCUCAUGCAAAGUUGAUUCCUAGUAGCGGCGCUAUGGUCUGGCUGCCGUUUUAUGGCGAGAGGUGACUCAGAUUAAGGGGGUUGGAGUCAUGGUGGAGGCUUGUGUUAGAAGCGUUACUGACUUUUUGAACUGGACUUUGAACUGUCUGAACGACGAAGAUGCGAGUUUUGGAGAUGGCAGGCCUUACUGCGAUUGCGUAAAAUUCAUGCUGCCCUCAGAAUCACUUCUCAACAACUCUGGCGAUGGGACGCGGUUCAAAAAAAGAAAAGGAAAAAAAAAAAAAUCACCUUCCACUGUACACAGACAGCAAAAUUUAUUAGUACGCCCACAUUAUGCUGCCAAAGCGAUUUCUUCAUGUACUGUACAUCAUUUAAAGGUGGAUUCAGUACAAUAUCUAUAGAAGAUACAAUAUGGAUCUACUUUCUCUACACAUCAACAAGGACACAUGACAUCUAAUGUAGAAUGUUUGUAGUUUCAAUAAAUCUAGCGGUGAACUACAAUCACUACAAGCUGGAAACAAAAAAAA